AUGGCCGUCAGACCCUCCUUUGACUCGCUCCCGCUCCGCAAGGACGGACCGCCCGGCAAUGCGUGGGGUUUAUACGGCGACGACGACGAGCUCGGCGCCCUCAAUCUGCUGACGCCCGAGACGACCACCAACGCCGCCAAGGAAAUAUUGGACGGCACGCGCGUGGCGACGGACUGGCCGCUGGACAGCAUGCAGCCGCCUGCAUUUAACAGACAGGCCUUCCACCACAGCAUCGUGAACAAGGCGCCGAGGGCCGUCAAUGACGACAUUGUCACCUUCAACACCCAGUCGAGCACGCAGUGGGAUGGCUUUCGCCACUACGGCGCUCGAGAGUGUGGCCGAUUUUACAAUGGCACGACGCAGGAGCAGAUAAUGGCCUCCGACAGGAUUGGCACGCAAGCCUGGGUCGAAACCGGCGGCAUUGUCGGUCGCGGUGUGCUUUUAGACUGGGCGGCUUGGGCCAAGAAAGAAGGACUCAACGUCAACGUGCACAGCCAGUACUCCAUCACCGCCGAGGCCCUAGGUCAGGUGGCAGCCAGCCAGGGCACCACUUUCAAGCAGGGCGACAUUCUCUUCAUUCGUACCGGGUUCACUGAGUCUUACGACAGCUUGACCGACGAAUCAAAGGCUGAGCUCACCAAAGAAUAUGCCCCAGCUACCAUUGGCCUUGAGAGCUCCAAGGCGACGCUGCGCUGGAUCUGGGACAAUGGCUUCGCGGCGAUUGCGGGCGACCAGCCGGCCAUGGAGGCCAUGCCGUUUCCGCAGCACGAGUUUGUGCUCCAUGAGUGGCUGCUUCCAGGCUGGGGCAUGCCGAUUGGCGAACUGUUUAAUCUGAAGAAGCUGAGUGAGGAAUGUCAAAAAAGAAGGCGUUGGACUUUUUUCUUCAGUAGCAUGCCCAUUUAUGUCAGAGGUGGCGUCGCCAGCCCACCUAACGGUGUUGCCAUCUUUUGA